UCGAGCCCGCCGGCCGGAGCGUCGCACGUCUGGCCCCAGCGGGGCUCUGCCUGCCGCCGCGCUGCCAUAGAGCGGAGCGCCCGCUCCCAUCAGCCCCCGCGCGGCCCCGCCUCCUUCCUUCCCAGGCCGAGCCGCCGCCGCCGCCAUGGGUGUCGAUAUCCGACACAACAAGGACCGCAAGGUCCGCCGCACGGAGCCCAAGAGCCAGGACAUCUACCUGCGCCUGCUGGUCAAGCUGUACCGUUUCCUGGCGCGCCGCACCAGCUCCCGCUUCAACAAGGUCGUCCUGAAACGCCUCUUCAUGAGCCGCACCAACCGCCCGCCGCUCUCCCUCUCCCGCAUGAUCCGCAAGAUGAAGCUCCCGGGGCGGGAUAACAAGACGGCCGUGGUGGUGGGAACCGUCACCGACGACAUCCGCAUCCACGACAUCCCCAAGCUGAAGGUCUGUGCCCUGCGAGUGACCCAAGGAGCCCGCAGUCGCAUCCUGAAGGCAGGGGGUCAGAUCAUGACCUUUGACCAGCUGGCCAUGGCAGCCCCUAAGGGCCAGGGCACCGUGCUGCUCUCGGGUGAGUCCUCCCACGCCCUCUGCUGGGACAGGCACCGGCCCUGCCCCACACAACCUGCAACAGGCAGCGGGGGGCAGCUGGGCUGCAGGGCCGGGGCUCAGCAGGGGGUGCUGUCCCCGGGCAGCCAGUUUGAACAGGGUGGGGUGUUGGGGCCUGCACUGUUAGUGCUGUUGAAAUUGACCUGCCCCACCCCAGAAGGGCCGUGUUCCAGCGCCGGGCGAGGGGUCCCUGUGUACCCAGCCCCCGCGCUCCACCCCAGAGGGGCUGUGUCCCAGCACUGGGUAUAGGGUCCCUGUGUACCC